ACCCGAGAGAAGACGAGCUCGCAGAAAGGUGUGGUUGGCUGACACGCGCGGGAGGGAGAUUUAGUGGGAAGCGAGAUUGAAAAGCGAGCGAUAACGAAGUGGGGAGAGUUGCCGAGGAGGGUUACGAGGCAAGGUAUGAAUUCUUAUUUCGCCAACCCGUCGCUCUCCUGCCAUCUCUCCGGCGCCCAAGACGUUUUGCCCAACGUGCCCAUCAACUCCAGCACCUAUGACCCGGUGCGGCAUUUCUCGUCGUACGGCGCCGCCGUGAGCCAGAACCACCACCACCACCACCGCCUCUACGCCGCCGGGCCCUUCUACUCGCCCCAGGACAACGUGGUGUUCGGCUCCUCCGGCCGGGCUCAGUACGACUACGGCUCCAACGUCUUCCUGCAGGACAAGGACGUGCUGCCCAGCUGCAGGCAAGCCAACGCGGGACAAAGCCACCUUGGCCAGGACUACCCGCUGGAGCCGGGCAGGGCGGCCCAGGAGCACAAGAGCAACAUCCCCAUCUACCCGUGGAUGCAGCGCAUGAACUCACACAGCGCAGGAGUGGGCUACGGGUCAGACAGGCGCAGGGGACGUCAGAUCUACUCUCGCUACCAAACUCUGGAGCUGGAGAAGGAGUUCCACUUCAACCGCUACCUGACCCGCCGCAGACGCAUCGAGAUCGCCAACGCGCUCUGCCUAACCGAGCGCCAGAUUAAGAUCUGGUUCCAAAACCGGCGCAUGAAGUGGAAGAAGGAGAGCAACUUGAGCUCCACGGUGGCGGGAGCCGAAUCCACGGCGACCACGCAAGACGACGAACGCGGCGGUGGCGGCGACGGCAGCCCGGCCAAGGACGACAAGGAGGACGAAAAAAAGAAGGAAUAGGCUACCGUCCGAGCCACGUGGAAAAAUAGAAGCCCAACAUUACUACCUAAACAUGGAGCUGAAAGGGACCACUGCAUGAAGGCUCCCCCCCCUCGUCUUCCUCAUAUCACCCCGGGGUGAGGAGUCUUGCAAAAAAAAAAAAAA